GCCAACAGUGCUCGUCGACGAAUCGUGAAUACGUUUUCUCUUAGCCGACGACGACGACGUCCUCAAGCUCAGUCUCAAGAGCAUAUUCCGUGGGUGCGGGUAUAAAGUUUAAAUAUUUAAUUUUCGGGGAUUAAAGAUUCUCGUCUGAAUUUAAACGUUAACUCAAUCGUUUUAUUUUAUUUACUCUUUAAACUUCAUUCAACAUCACCGAAAUAGAAUCGGCUGCUCGUCUUUUUGUACUUUGAUGUUAUCUCGGUCUUUUAUAAAUAAUAUAUAGAUAUAUGUAUACAUGUAUUUUAUUUAUUUAUUUUUUUUGACGGGUCUAUUUCUGAAAUAUUACAAGAGUGUUGAUAUUUUAAGAUAAUAAAAUAUCGUAUUUGUUUCAAAAAUAAAUAAUAAAAAAAAAAAAAAAAAAACAUUAUUAUAAAUCGCUUUUAACAUCUGCGUCUUUUUAAAAUCGCCAGUGACGUUGCGUCUCAACGACUUACGGCUCCACGAGGAGGUCGAUCUGUUUGAUAACGUGGGAAGAGAUCAAGUUUAAGAGCAAUGAGUCACUCAUUUAGAGACAACCAACUUGGUUUCCAACUUAUGACCAUGGAAAGGGAUGAUGAUGACUUUGGGGAAGGAUAUAUAGCAGAAUCACAUCCUUUGAGACCGACGACAUUGACAGUACCGGGUAGAGAUGACUCGAAAGGAGCGAGUAUCAGUAGCAGUGUUACUGAUUUAGAUGCUCCGAUUUAUGCACGUGAUACGACACUUCCUAUAUCUGCUAAAGCGGGUCUUAAUUUUCAUUUGGCGUUUGCAAUUACCGCGGUCGCAUUGGGAUCUGCCUUUCAACAUGGUUACAAUACUGGUGUUGUCAAUUCUCCUCAAAAGAUCAUUAGAACCUGGAUGGCUGAAGUCCAAACCAAUAGAACCGGUGUCCCGGUUACAGAAGAAGACAUGACAGACUUGUGGGCAUGGGCAGUGGCCAUAUUCUGUAUUGGUGGUAUAAUUGGUGGAUCCUUGGUAGGAACUAUUGCUGACAGAUUUGGACGGAAAGGCGGUCUGUUGAUCAACAAUGUUUUGGUGGUACUGACAGUCAUAUUCGAAGGAUUCAGUAAAACGGCAAACAGCUACGAGAUGAUUGUCGUAGGACGUCUCUUCAUCGGAAUAAACGCCGGUCUUAAUGCUGGAAUAACUCCGAUGUAUUUGGGAGAAAUAUCACCGAUGCAUUUGAGAGGAGCUGUUGGUACUGUUUACCAACUUAUCGUCACUAUUUCAAUUCUUGUUUCACAAAUCCUCAGUAUGGACAAAGUACUGGGUACCGAAGAACAAUGGCCACUUCUUCUGUGUCUUACAAUUAUUCCGGCAAUCUUCCAGUGCAUUACUUUACCACUGUGCCCAGAAAGUCCGAAGUACCUUCUGCUGAGCCGUGGCAAAGAUGUUGAUGCACAGAGAGGACUCUCCUGGUUACGUGGCACCAAUGAUGUUUAUGAUGAAAUGGAAGAAAUGAGAACUGAGGCAGAAUCUCUAAAAAUGAUUCCUCGCGUUACACUGAAGGAAAUUUUUGUCAACCCGGCUUUGAGAAUUCCGUUGAUUAUUUCCUUGAUGAUCAUGUUGGCACAACAGUUUUCUGGAAUUAACGCUGUCAUGUUCUUCUCUGAUGCUAUUUUCCGUAUGGCAGGAUUGAAUACUGAUGCAGCCCAAUCGGCAACUCUGGGAGUUGGAGCUAUGAAUGUUAUUAUGACAUUUGUUUCAUUGGUUCUUGUUGAAAAAUGUGGACGUAAAACUCUCUUGUUAUUUGGAUUCGGAGGAAUGGUUAUCGAUACUGCUUUACUUGCUGUCUGCUUAGCAUACGCGGAAACUUCACAAGUGGCAGCAUACUUCUCCAUAGCACUAGUUAUUAUGUUCGUGGUACUAUUCGCAACUGGUCCAGGAAGUAUCCCAUGGUUCUUGGUUUCGGAAUUGUUCAAUCAAUCAGCAAGGCCAGUGGCAACAUCUAUCGCCAUUGCUGUCAAUUGGGGAGCUAACUUCAUCGUCAGUUUUUCAUUCCUCCCGCUUAAGAACUUACUCGGCACAAACGUAUUCGUUCUUUUCGCUAUCAUCCAAGCGCUCUUUACACUCUUCAUCUGGAAGAAAGUUCCAGAAACAAAGAACAAGACUAUUGAAGAAAUCAGCAGUAUGUUCCGGCAAAUAUCGUAUCAGUGAGACGAUAAUUUAUUUAAAUAAACUUUACAUGGUAAUAUAUAUUUAAAUCUUUAGGACAAAAUUGUGUGACUGAUAAUCGUGUGAUUCUGAACUCAAAUGAAUGAGAUUUUUUUUUUUUAUGAAUCAUGAAUUAAAGCAGUUUGAUUGUUUUUAUUAUCGUCGAUAACUGAUACCGAUUUUAUAUGUAUGAUAGAUAUUAUUAAUGAUAAAUAUUUUUUUUUAUACGUGUUAAGAAAAUGUUUAACUGCGAUGAGAAAACAGGACUUAGGCAUCACUUAGUUUUUAAAAUAUAUAUAUUUUUUUUUUAGAUUAAUUUUUUUAUUUUAUGAAUUUUCACCUUUUCGAUUUUAUUUUUUAAUUUCCGAAAUUUUAAAUGCAAACAAUUACAGUCAUGACAGGCAGACUCAGGAUAGAUAAAGUUAAAAAUUAUUUGGAUGCUGUUAUUUUACUGGCAUCCAAAAAUUUUAAAACUCUAGUCAUAAUUCAAAUUUCGUAUUUUUCAUAUUCUUGUUUACGCAGUAAGCGAAUAUUUUUAUUUUUAUCAACAUUUUUCCUUAUUGUUCUUCAGCUAAUAAAUACUGUCUGAGUUUACUAAAUAAAUCGAAAAAAAGUAUUUUAAAAAAAUAUAAAAAAUUAUCAUGAAAUUCGAUAGCGAUUGAUUUAUUUAUUAAAUUUAAUCGGUAUUAAUUUUAGUAUUCAGGAUAUUUGAGAUUUAUCGCCUGUUCAAGACAACGAAAAUAUACUUUAUUAUUAUUUUUAUAAUUAUUAAUAUAAUUAAUUAAUAUUAAUAAUUUUAUUUGGAUAGAGCUUUAUCGAACUGCUAAACUGUCGACGACAGAUAAUUAAUUUAAUCAUUAGUGUACAAACAAUAACAUUAACAGUAUAAUCAAUUUCAUAAAUUUCAGUAGAUAAAUAUAGUUAUUUUUUUUUUUUCGUCAUAAUUGUAAAUAAUGAGAGUGCAUGUAGAUUAAUACUAUUAUUAUUAUCAUUGUAAUUUGAAUGUAAUAGUUUUAAUUAGACACGAUAUUGAAUCGUUUUUAAAUAAAGUUGAAGAUAUAAGAUGUUAUAUAUUUGUUUUAAAAAUAAUAAUAAUCGUUAUUGAAAAAGCAAUUGUACAGAUUAUAUCUCACAUAAGAAAACGAUUUGAUGUUAUAAAUAUAAAUAUAUAUUAUAUAUCGAUGAUGAUUGUCUUCGGAAUAGUUAUAUUAUGUAUAUGAUAAAUGAUAAUUUUUUAAUGAAUUAAAUACUCAUUCGUAUUAAUUAAUUAAUUGCAGUUGCGUUAAUUGACGCAGUGGCUUAUUAUCUUUUAUUAUUGAAUAUUUAAAAAUUUUAAUGAAAAUAAAAAUAAAAAUUAUUUAAAAAAAAAUAAGAAUAUAGUUUACUAGAUUGCAUAUAUUUGCACGGACAAAAUAGAAAUAGUUAAUUUUUUUAUGUUAAAAUAGGAAUAAUUCUUAUGUUACACAAGGAAAAUUUUUAUGUUACAUAGAAAAAUUACCAUGCUAACAAAAGAAAAUUUUCUAUGGUACGGCUGAAAAAUUACCGUGUCAACAAAGGAAAUUUUUUAUGUUGCAUAUGAAAAAUUAUGUUUUCCCGAUGAAAAAAGAUUUUAUACAAUUAUAUAUAGACUAUAUAUAAUUAUAUAGAAUUUGUAUAAAAUUGUAUAUAAUUAUAUAUAAUUAUAUAUAAUUUAUAUAAAAUUGUAUAUAAUUAUAUAGAAAUUGUAUAAAAUUGUAUAUAAUUAUAUAGAAUUUGUAUAAAAUUGUAUAUAAUUAUAUAGAAUUGUAUAUAAUUUGUAUACAAUUGUAUAUAAUUAUAUAGACUUAUAUACAAUUUGUAUAGAAUUGAAUACAAUUUUUAUACAGUUGUAGAAAAUUGGAUCGAGCCAUUUUUUGUAUAUAAUUUUAUACAAUUGUAUAAAAUCUUUUUUCAUCGGGUUUGUAUAGAAAAAAUUACUGUGGCAACAUAGGAACUUUUACUGGUACUUGGAAAAAGUUUCUGUCUUAGCGCAUAGUAAAUAUUUUUAUACAAAUAUAGAAAAAAUCACUAGUUUUUGGGAGUAUUACAGUCUACUUCAAACAUUUCUACUCAUGAGUAGAAAUUUU